GACAAGCCGCCCCUAGCCACUGACGCACUCCUCUUGAGAAAUUCGGCAAAAAGGCUUGAAUUUUUCUCUUCUUUUCUUGUUAAAUCACAAGAUUUGGGGCUUAGAAUCUUCCCUCUCAACCCAGAAAAUCCCGGAUCUGCUCUGCUCUUAUCCCCUGUCCACCGGCUGCUAUGUGGGUUUGAAUUUCUGGGCAUUUUUCGGCAAAUAGUGACCCUGCUUGUGGGGAUUAUACACCGGCAAACAGUGUGCCUGUUAGUGGGUGUUAGACGCUGGCCGUGACCUAUAGAGGAGACAUCUAUUUCGUUCUCGUAUUGUAUCUGUUUUUAAUGAUUGCACAUGUUGGCAUGCUAUAAAUUUAAUAAAGGGCACUCCAUAUUUACUUACUGAGUUUAUCUCAUAGUUUUCCUUGUCCACCAUUUCAAGAAGUGAAACCGAAGACGGGGAAACCACAGGAAGUGACGAGUUAGAAAGCUAGCCAUAUUAUAAUUAGAUAUAAAUUUUAGAUAUGAAUCAUGAUCUUGUAUUUGGAGAUUUAUGAUAUCGGAGAAAUUUUAUAAUUUGAUCUUCAGAUUUAGUGAUUGUGAUAUGAUAAGUUUCAAGCCUUGUGCAUUUGUAAGACCCUCUCACGAGUGCACGGUGUCUGUCGUGUCUCGGAUUUGGGAUCUGGGGCGUGACAUAAGCACUCCCGAGGAUGAUAAUCACUUCAAACAAAACAUGGCCGCGCUUUUUAUCAGUCUAAAACCUUGAUUAAUUCCUCAGACAAAACACCCAGAUGCUCCAAUGAGAAUAUGGGUACCCUGGAUCUCUUAUAUCAUCGCAACUUUGUCAAGGGAGGAGAAACAAGGAUCGCCCUUGUAAUUUAUAAGUUGUAAAAUUAGAAAUUUGUAUAUUAUUAUAUGAAAAACAGUAUCUUAUAAGUUAUAUACAUAUUAAAAAUGUAAUUUAACU